CCGCGAGAGCCUUCCCUGGCAGCCUCCCCCGCAGAGCCUCCCGUCCUGAUCUUUUGUAUCGGUUUCUCGGCCGCCCGGCCGCGGCGCGCGCCCCUCGGGGCUGGCGCGCCAACGGCGACGAGCGCGCACGCGCGCCAUGGGGAAGCAGGGGCAGCAGCAGCGGGCGGCGUUGGCCAAUGCGCUCGGCGCCGCUGGCAGCAAGCCAGUGGCACCCCCGACGCUGAAGGAGGAACCCAAGCCGCCUCCGGUCGCGCCCAAGAGAAAGCCGGCGCCGGCGCCAGAGCAGGCGGAGCCGAAGACGAGAAAGGAGCUUGAGGAGGAGCAGCGCAGGACGCUGGAGGAGAGGGACAGGCAGAGGAAGGAGUUCUUCGAUGCGGAGGCUGCCAGGAAGCUGCAGGAGAACCUGCCGGCCGACAAGGGGGUCACCUACGUGGAGGACAGGGACUCCCGCAAACCCGUAGCCGUGGAAGACCUGUCGGAGUACUGGGUGUCCGACCUGGGCUUCCUGCCGUUCAUGCCGUCGGACAACGUGGGCGCCACGGAGGUCCCCGGAGGCGUGGACCCCCUCGAGCGGCUCGAUUUCUUGCGGAUGCUGAGCGACCAGCUUCGGCAGGUGCUCCGCAUGCGGUUCAAUGUCUUCUGGAGCCAGGUGCUCCAUGACGGCCAGUUUCGCCGAUGCCUCGACUCCUACCUCAGGUUUUGUCUGCGAAGACACGACGUCGGGCUGGGCCAGGGGGAACAACAAGACGACGAGGAUACCAUGGGCGACGAGGAAGAGCAGAAGCUGUCCCGCGAGAUCAGCCGGCGCGUCCUGGCCGUCAUGAUCCGGCUCAGCCGGCCGCAGGAGACCACGCACGAUUUCAUUUCCGAAGACAAGUACGCGGAGUUCAUUUACGAGAAGCGGAUCUUCGACAUCCCCAAGCUCAUCGACCUCUGCGCUGUCUACGGGGACGCCAAUCGUGACACGGUGACCAAGCUGGUGCACUCCGUGAUGUCGUGCCAGCCAAGAUACCGGGAGGACUUCGAGGGCCUGGUGCGCCACAUGCACGGCGGCCUGCGGCAGUGCUGCGCCCCCCUGCAGGACGGCGGCGUCGGCGGCGACUCCUCCGAGCUCAGCGUCGAGGAGUGCCUGACCUUUCUGCCGGACAUCCUGAGCUGCUUUGUUGCCAUGUUCUGUUUCUUCCCCGAGGACCUGGUCGGGAGGCUCGUCGAGGCGCGCCUGGACGGCUCCGCUGGGGGGGCGUCGAAGGGCGCGGGGGGAGCGGCGCUGCCGCUUGCGGACGUGAUGGUGUCUCUACACGAGGCCGUGUGGGCUCUGAAGAGCAGCAUGGGCGACGACCCCGACCUGGAGCCGCCAUGGUCCGGGCUCGGGACCGUGAUUUCGCUGCUGAGCCGGCUGCUGAGCUGCGUGCUGGGCUUCCACAUGGCGCCCCGGAGAGGCGCGGCCGCGUUCCAGGCUGGACCGCCAGCGUCGUCGUCGUAGGCGGAGGGGUGAGCAAGGCUGC